AUGAGCGGCUCAACAGACGCCACUGCGGCCACUCCAGCCUGGAAGAAAUUGGGCCUCAAGCUCAAGCACUCCAAUGCAAACGAGGCCGCAAAUGGGACCCCGGCCGUUGGGCAUCCAGACCGUGCCCAGCAGGGCAGCAUGCAGGGCAAGAGAAAGCACGCGGCCAGUGCUGCGUCAGAUUAUUCCUCUCCUCUUUCUGCGAAAAAGCCUCGCAGAGACUUUUCCAAAUCAUCAACAGGAGAUGCCACGCCUCAGCUCACACGAAAGAAGUCCGUGGCCUUCGCCGACACGCCCACCAACAAGACUGCCGCCCCAGGCUCGACCACGGCGCGAAAGACGCCCGCGAAACCCGCCUCCAAAGCAGCAGCAGCCACCAAGGGCGGCAAGAGCCCGACACCCAAGAAGCAGACGAAGUCGCAGCCCACGGCUGAUACCAAGCCUGCGCUCGAGUAUCUGAGGCACUGGGUGUCGUCGCGCGACAGUUGGAAGUUUAACAAGAACCACCAGUCGACCCUCAUCAAGGCCGUCUUUGAGAGCGGUAUUCCGCCGGCCGACGUGGGCUCCUUCUACGACUACAUAGAUGAUAUCAAGGGUGCCGUCAGGAUGAGACUGCGAGAGACGGCGCUAGCGAUUCGCCUCAAGGACAAUACGGAUCGCGGCGCGGCCGGCUUUCCCGAGGGCACCGCCGACGCCGACGGCAAGCAGGAGAUUUACGAGGCCGCCCUCGCCGGCUUCCUGGAGGCGCAGCAACAGGCGGCCAACAAGAAGAGAACCUUUGCCGAGAUUGAGUACGUGACGACGGCGCAGGACGCCGACGUCAUCAUCCGCCGGCUCGUCAAGCGCAUGCGUGCGGAAAUGGUCAUUGCGACGCUGUCAGACGGCGACGAGACGGACGUCAGCACCACCAGCAGCGCUCAUGGCGCUACCGGCAGGGCUGCUGCUGCCGUGGCCGGCGGCUCCGUCGCGGACAUCAAGACCAAUGGCGUGACGGGCAAGCGUCGCCGCAAGCUACGCACCAACGUCGACGACAGCGAUAGCAGCAGUAGCGACGAGAGCAGCGACGACAGCGAUGAUGACGCGGAUGCGGACUCGGACUCGGACAGCGGCUCGGACACGAGCAGCAGUGACAGCGAUGACAGCAGCGACGAGGACGAUGCUGACGACGCCGAUGAGAACAUGGACGACGACGAGGACUCGUCAAGCAGCUCGUCGUCGUCGUCUGAUGAUGACUCUGAUGACGACGACUCUGACGACGAGGCAGAUGCUAUUUCGACCAAAGGAGAGAAGAUAUCCAAGUAG